UUAUUUCAUCUUCAUACUACUACUACUACUACUACAUAAACAAUACAUAACAAGAAUAUGGUCAGGGCACCACGUUUCGACAAAUAUGGAAUCAAGAAAGGUAAAUGGAGUGAAGAAGAAGACAACAAGUUACGAGCCUUUGUCGAGAAAUACGGCCACCGUAACUGGCGUCAACUUCCCACUCUUGCCGGUCUAUCUCGAUGUGGGAAAAGUUGUAGGCUACGGUGGAUGAAUUAUCUACGCCCCAACAUGAAAAGUGGGAAUUUUACACAAGAAGAAGAAGAUGUGAUUGUUGACAUACAUAACAAGCUUGGCAACAAGUGGGCAAUUAUGGCUGCCAAAUUGCCGGGAAGAAGUGACAAUGAUAUCAAAAAUUAUUGGCACACACGUCUGAAAAACCGGGUUCCCAAGGAUCGAACUCAUGAUCAAGUGUUCAAAAAUGAACAAAUUGGAAGUUCCAAACCCAACCCUACUACAGGAUUUAGAUCAAACCUCGAACAACUGCAACAACAGGAAGUUGCAGUUCUAGUGGCAGUCUUAUCAUCUAAAUCGCCAUCAUCUUCUUCAACGACUGAACCCUCACCAUGUUGGUCGACUGGCUCAAAUCAUGAUGAUGCAGAUUCAACCAAGAUUAUGCCAUGGUUUUCCGAACCGUCAGAAAGUUUCUGGAACGAGCCAUUUUUACUGGACGACGAUGCCAUCAUAUCAUCAUAUGAUAACAUACUCUCACCAAUGUGGUGUUGAAGGCGAUAAUUAAGUUUGUUAAUAUGUUUGUAUUAUGAACAAAAAGCCAUUGGUAUGAGAGUGUUAUGGGUUAGCAAAACCAGCAAAUAAAGGUCAGGUGUCAACUCUUCCCC